UUUUCUCUCUCACUCUCUUUCUUACUUGUUUAUCAAAGUAUUGAAAAUGACAAAUUGCCUAAAUAUCUUAAAAAUGUCUAAUAAUCCCAUUAUUUGAGUGGAGUGGAAUCCACAGAAAGUUCCCAAGAAACCUGACAGUAUUAACAGCUGAUUCACCCGCCAAUCAAUCAAUCAGCUGCUUUUGUUUACGUUCUGCAAGUUAAUCCCAUACAACACAUGUUUUUGAGGUGUAGGUACCAUAAAACCACAACAAAACACCAAACAUCGACAAUAACAUUGAAAAAUGUAUUCAGGGCGUAUUAAAUAUUCCAUAUUAUUAAUAGCAACUUACCUCACAUCGUCUAUCUGUGAUUGUGGCUGCAGCUUAAACCGAGAUGGUCAGUGCAAUUCCGAGGACAACGAAAUUAAUCCCAGCCAAAAAUACAAAAGGGACCUAAACGAAAAUCCAGCAAAUAAUUUCGACAAGUCCCAGAUGGCUUUGAUUGGCAAAGGCAUCUUCGAAAUGGGAACGAACAAACCGGUUUUUCCUUCGGACUUUGAAGGCCCCGCUCGAAACGUUACAAUUGAAAACAGCUUCUAUUUGGACAUUUACGAGGUUUCAAACCAACAGUUUUACGAUUUUGUGCGGACCACCAACUACAAAACGGAGGCGGAACAGUUCGGUGAUAGUUUCGUGUUCGAAAUGUCUUUGCCCGAAAAUCAAAGAAAUGAGCACCAAGAUAUUCGGGCUGCUCAAGCCCCAUGGUGGAUUAAAUUGCCAGAUGCUUACUGGAAACAUCCUGAAGGCCCCAAGUCAACUAUUGAAGAUAGAAUGAACCAUCCAGUUGCUCAUGUAUCAUGGAACGACGCAGUUGCAUAUUGCGAGUAUGUGGGAAAGAGGUUGCCCACAGAAGCCGAGUGGGAGAUGGCAUGUAGAGGUGGGCUGAGGCAAAAAAUGUACCCUUGGGGAAAUAAGCUGCAACCGAAAGGACAGCAUUGGGCCAACAUUUGGCAAGGAGAGUUUCCCAAAGAAAACACGGCCGAGGACGGGUACAUUUUCACUUGCCCUGUCGAUAAAUUCCCUCCAAAUCAAUUCGGACUUUAUAAUAUGGCCGGUAAUGUUUGGGAGUGGGUCCAAGACGAUUGGCAAACUGAUCCGCAGAACUCAAGAGUGAAGAAAGGAGGAUCAUUUUUGUGCCACCAAUCUUAUUGCUGGAGAUACCGAUGUGCGGCAAGAUCAUUUAAUACCAAAGACAGCUCGGCAGCAAAUUUAGGUUUUAGAUGUGCUGCCGAUGCAAGAUAGCCAUAGUAAACAUCUGAUAAAUUCGAAAUAUCCGCGCGGCUUAUUGUUUGUGGUUGUUUGAUCCAUAUAAGAUUUAUUACAUGUUUCUCAGGUAAAGGUUAAAAUACAUCUCUUAGGAAAAUGUCAA